AUGCGCAAUUGGCAAUACCUCGCGACAUGGCUCGCGGCCGUUUUGCCGGCGUCGGCCCAGUGCUUCCUCAACAGCGACUGGGGGAACAUAGCCGCAAACCAGCCCUUCGUCCUCGCUUGGAAAAACGACGGUGGAUUUUGGGAUGUCCUACUCAACUCCGACGUCAGGACGCAGGCGUCCCUCGUCGGUCCCAUCGCUAGAAACGUAACCCAGCCUGGCGUGGUCUGGCUUCCACCAGCCGACAUCACCAAUGGCGAUCCCAACAAGCUCUUUGCCGUCCAACUUUGGGAUCUGGCCCGCGGCACCACUUGUAGCUCACCAAGUUUUACAUUCAAGACGAACAACGAACCAGCUGGAAAGGCAAGUAUACUUCCUACCGUACCGGUUAUAUCCACGAGCGUGUCCAUGUCCAGUGGCGCAAUAUUAGCGACCGCUACGAUAGCACCCGUCUUCACCACCGGCGUCGAGGCAUCCUAUUCCAGCACCAUCCCCACCACCACAGCCACCACCGAUUCCGACGCAACCAACUCCCAACCCAAAAGCAACACCAUCGCCGUGAUAAUAGGGGUGGUAUUCGGCAUAUUGAUAGCCAUCCUGAUCGCACUGAGCAUACUGCUGUGGAGGGCGAGGCGGAGACGACACAUGGACAAACAAUCAGCACUGCAGCAGCAGCAGCAGCAGCAGAGCGCAGCCAAGGCCGCGGCCAUCGAGCGUGACGCUGCGACCCCGACACCAUCGACACCCAACCAACACCCAUCAGAGCUCGACAGCAGCUCGCUGCUGGCCGAGAUGCACGUCGAGGAGAUGCGGCACGAGAUGGACGACUCCACCGUCACGGCGGCCGAGAUGCCGACCCAGAACGUCCCGCCCGUCGAGCUGCCCGCCGAGGUGCCGUUGGGGUUGCUGGCGCCCAGGAGGCGGCAGUCGCUGGUUUCGGAAAUGACGCCGACCGACUCGAGGCGGUCUUCGCCGCUCCUGGGGCCGGUGUCACCCAUGACUUAG